GACGCUAUUAAAAAAAUGGGAGAACUUGGUCUCAUGGCGAUAGCUACCCCGGAGGAGCACGGCGGAUCUGGACUGGAUUACUUAGCGUAUGCUAUAGCCUUAGAGGAAAUAUCCAGAGGAUGUGCUUCAGCUGGCGUUAUUAUGUCAGUGAACAAUUCCUUGUACUUGGGCCCUAUUAAUCAUUGGGGCACUGAUAAACAGAAGCAGGAGUUCGUCUCACCAUUUUGCUCUGGUGACACAGUAGGAUGUUUUGCAUUGUCUGAACCAGGAAAUGGUUCAGACGCUGGAGCCGCGUCCACAACAGCUAAACUUCAAGGGGACAAGUGGGUUCUCAAUGGCACCAAGUGCUGGAUAACUAACGGCUAUGAAAGCAAAGCUUCCAUAGUAUUUGCUACCACUGAUAAAAGUCUUAAACACAAAGGUAUAUCAGCAUUUAUUGUUCCAAAACCUAUAAAAGGAUUAGAUUUAGGUAAGAAGGAAGACAAACUAGGGAUUCGUGGUUCUUCAACAUGUUCCCUCAUUUUUGAAGACUGUGAGAUACCCAAAGAGAAUAUUUUGGGUGAACCUGGUUUUGGUUUCAAAAUUGCUAUGAUGACGUUGGAUGCGGGUAGAAUUGGUAUUGCAUCGCAGGCUUUAGGCAUUGCACAGGCUUCCCUGGAUGUAGCCGUAGAAUAUGCUUCUAAGAGAAUUGCAUUUGGGAAACCGAUUGUGAAGCUGCAGACGAUACAGAACAAGUUAGCCGAUAUGGCUGUGCAGUUGGAGUCUGCAAGGCUACUUACAUGGCGAGCAGCUUGGUUGAAAGAUAACAAGAAGCCUUUUACAAAAGAAGCUGCUAUGGCUAAGUUAGCAGCCUCUGAGGCAGCUACGUUUUUGUCACACCAGUGUAUCCAGAUCCUCGGAGGAAUGGGCUAUGUGUCUGACAUGCCAGCUGAAAGACAUUACCGUGACGCAAGAAUUACUGAGAUUUAUGAAGGAACAUCUGAGAUACAGAGGCUUGUUAUAGCCGGGCAAUUAAUUAAAGAGUAUGGUGUAUAGUUUUUAAAUUUAUACAUAUUAGGUAUUAUACACAAUAUAGACUGAAUAUUAUGUGGUGUACUCUGGCGACAAUUUGUAUUCGAUCCUAUUUGAACUUAGUAUAAUGAAUUUUAAUGAGGGUCAUCCAGUAAUAAGAUUAUGAUUUUUAACAACUUUUAAA